GGCAUUGUGAGGAAGUCUGGCUUUAACACAAGUUGAACAUGAAGCUCACUACCUACGGCCUUUUGCUGCUGUCUCUCGCUGCAUUUGUGCUUUGCGAAAAGAAUGCUGGUCAAGAAAUUAUUCAAUUGACUGAUGGAAACUUUGAUUCUAUCGUCGGCACCUCGGACGAAUGGCUCGUUGAAUUCUAUGCCCCAUGGUGUGGUGCUUGCAAGCAAUUUGGCCCCCGUUAUGAAGCUGUUGCCAGAACCCUUCCAGGCGACUUGGCCGUCAAGCUUGCCAAAGUUGAUGUUGAUAGCAGCCCUGGUUUGGCUAGCAAGUUCUUUGUCACAAGGCUGCCAACUUUGUUCCAUAUUAAGGAUCAUCAGGUUAGACAGGUUGACACAAAGUUAAAUGUUCAGGACAUCGUGGCUUUCUUGAAGGACAAACAAUGGGAGAAUAUACCAGUGUGGAAUGGGUAUUUCUCACCUUUUAGCAUAGUUGGAACCGGUGUUGGCUAUAUCGGCAUAUUCAUGAAGAAACUCAGCAGUUUUCCUCCGUGGGCUGUCUACACCGGCUUGGCGGUAACUAUCCUUUUGAUCAUUGUUAGCUUUGGUGUUGCCGCCUCCCAGGGCAUGGGGUCCGAAGAGGAUGAAGAUGCUUCCAGAUCAGACGGAGCCAAGACACCGUCUUCUCCAAGAACACGAAAGUCACGCAAGGUUGACUAAGUGCCCUCCAUGAUAAUUUCGUAUUGCAGGUUCUUUUUCUGAACAUUAUAAUACAUCUCAACCAAACACCAUUGUACAUGACCAUGUCACUACCCAAAUCACAAGUACACUGAUUAUCACAUAUUUAGCACUCUCAGUUUUAUUUGAAUUUAUCGAUAGCAAAAACCGUCGAAUUAAUAAAUUCG